AUGGCGCACCUGUGCUCGUGUCCUUUGCGGCUGGAGAAGGGCUUCAUCUUGGAUGGGGUGGCCGUGAGCACCAUGGCCCGCACCUAUGAGCACCUGAGGCCCAAGCUCUGGUCGGCAAUUCCGCCCUACAACGCGCAGCAGGACUACCAUGCUCACCGGUACUUCCGGAGCCACGUGGUUCCGCCUGUUUUGCGGAAAACUGAGCAGGAUCACUGCGGCACAGGAAGGGAUGGCUGGAUAGUGGAUUAUUUCCACAUCUUCGGACAAGGCCAGAGAUACCUCAACAGGAGAAACUGGGCAGGGGCAGGGCAUUCUGUCCAGCAGGUGAGCGGGCACGACCAGUACAAUGCUAAUCUGAAAGCCAUCAGGGGCUUCAACGGUCAUUUUGGCUAUCGCCGGAAUACCCCAGCUCUCCGCCUGCGCCCGUCCGUCUUUGGAGAGGUUACCCAGUUCCCUCUCUUCUAGCAGCAUAUCUUCUUACACACCCCUCGACCUGGGUUUGCAGGACAUAUGUAGAUGAACUCACAAAGUUAUUCUAUAUAAUAAA